UUACUUAAUAUUCUCCUAAAGCCCCUGCUGUCGCAGCUGCCUGUGAGGACGACUUGCACCUCCAGCUGAGCGUGGUUUUACCAUCACCACCCCUUCCCUGAUUGCCUGCCUGUGAGGGAAAACCUGCAUGUCCGGCUGAGUCUGGAGAGCUGCUGGCCUGAAAAGAGGAGCAGGAUGCUUUCAAACUGACCUCAACAGAUAGAUGUUCAUUUCAGACUCAACAAUUCAACAUGGACCCUCCAGGGAAAGCUUGGAACAAAAAAGUCCAGGUGGAACGGGCAGUGGCACCUGACGGCGGUUAUGCUUGGUUCAUCCUGGUCUCGUGCUUCUUUGUCUUCGGCCUGACCUUUGGGGUGGUCAAGUCCUUCGGUGUCUUCUAUGUAGAGAUCCAGCAGUACUUUGGAACCACAGCGGCUGGAACAUCAUGGAUCACUUCAAUUGCCGUGGCUACCAUUCACGUUGCAGCGCCGUUGGCGUCGGCUCUGAGUUCCCGCUACAGCCAUCGCUCUGUAGUGAUAGCAGGCGGACUCAUAUGCAGUGUAGGAGCCAUUCUUGGGUCUUUUGGCAACAACCUGGUUCAACUCUACUUAACAGUAGGCUUCCUAAAUGGUUUUGGCUACGCGUUGACAUGGACCCCUACAGUGACGAUGCUGGGCAUGUACUUUGAUAAAAGACGCCCGGUGGCAAAUGCCUUGGCCAGCGCCGGAGAGUGCAUCCUUACUUUUAUCCUCACCCCCAUGUUCCAGCUGUUGAUAAACAGCUUUUCCUGGAGGGGUGCUUUGCUAAUCAUGGGGGCCUUGCAGUUAAACUUGUGUGUGUGCGGUUUGCUACUAAGACCCUUAAAAUCCACCAGAGACGUCACAUGUGUCAAUGAAGGGAAGGCAGAGGAGGAUGGCCUGUCCCGGAAGAUGCUCUUAAAGGACAUAUUGGAUGAGGUUAAGUCAAGUAUUCAAGAAGAGAAAGAACUAUACACAGAGGAGUCCAAUCAGGAAACAUCUAAGAAAUGUCUUGAUGAUACUGAGGUGGAACCCAGUUUAGCAGAAGACUCUACCAGUUUAAGGGAACGAGAUCUAAGGACUAGAGUCCAGCAAUAUGUAGAUUAUACCCUCAUCACAAACCCUCGAUUCAUGAUCUACUCUAUGUUUGGAGUAUUUGCCGCUCUGGGUUUCUUUGCCCCAUCUCUGUUCCUUGUUCCAUACGCUCGCAGCAAAGGCAUUGAGGAGUACCAGGCAGCUGCUCUCAUGUCCAUUUCUGCUGUGCUGGACCUGAUUGGAAGAGUGGUCUUUGGCUGGGUGGCAAACCUGAGACUGGUGGAGACGGUGCAGCAGCUGACAGCUACGGUGGUCUUGCUCGGCGCUGUGCUGCUCCUCUGCCCACUGGCCUCCACGUUUUAUGAGCUGGUUGCCUUCAGCGCGGCUCACGGCCUGGUGUAUGGAGCAACAGUUGCCAUCCACAUCACAGUUUUGCCGGAGGUAGUGGGCGUCCAAAGGCUCGGAAGUGCGCUGGGGUUUUUCAUGCUAAUACGCAGCAGCGGAGGCCUGCUUGGACCGCCCAUCGCUGGAUUCUUUAUUGACAAAAUGGACAGUUAUGGGACGGGUUUCCUCAUGUCUGGAGUGGCCCUCCUCACCUCCGCUUUGUUUUUGCUCGUUUUAAAUCUCAUGAUGCAAAAGGAUCAGAGAAAAAAAAACAUCUUCAGCGAUAUGGAAACAGAGGAAUUGGGACAAAGUUUCAGAGUUGAAGGAAAAGAUGUGGACAUGACAUGAAAACACUCUCAGGUUUUUGAUUUUAAAAUAGCAACAAAAAUGCAAAUAAAUAACUGUAGCAACACAGCUCUAGAGAUGAAUGAAUCGUUCACGUUUUUGGAGCAUUCUAACCACUCAAACAGAAAAAAUGUCUCUCUUUUGGUAGCUAACAAUAUUCUGCAGGUUUUUCUCGAACAGAACAUGUAAAGGGUGCUGCUUCUUUACCACAAAGUCUGAUGUUAAACUCUUCUUUCUGUGCAGAUUUUGUUUAUAAAGCUUUUGUUGGUGUACACUGGUUAUAGUGUAAAUUUUCUUAUUGCAUAAUGUCACAAAAAAUGUUAAGGUCAUAAGAAAGUUUUACUGCACUGUAAUAAAAAAAACACUUUGUUGAUGAA